AUGGAUCCGAUCCAUCCACCACACCUACCCCUUGUCGCGAUAAGUUGGGUAGCGAGACGCCCGCACUGAAGCAGCACGCGUUUUCAUGGCGGACUCUCGUGUGGAACAAAACGCACCCCGAGACGCCGCAAGUCUCGCCGAGCUCCUCCCUAAGAAUGGCCUUGUGUACAGCGAAAAGACAACCCUCAGCGAGGUGCUAUGUAAACCGAAGCUGAUGCCCAUUAAGAGCAUAACACUGCAGAAGCUGGAGCAGCAGGAGGCGCAGCUACUGGCAGAAAAGCAGCCCGAAAAUGGGCUUUCGUAGAGGCGUGGAUGAUAUGUAGUAGGGCUCAGGGUGGGCAAGGCGUUGACACAAAAUGCGGGGCCAUGCGUGCCAACUGAAUGUCUCCAU